CUUUCUACUCGCUCUAUUUCUAUUAAGUAGUCAGUCAGACCAUUUCAAGCAGCAAAAUACUUACUGUUAACUUAGGUAGUAAGUGCUAAGGAUAAUAUUGUGGUUUUCUGCUGUUUCUAAAACUUGUUUUACACAAAAGCUUGAAGACGUUUAUCUCGAGUCAAUCGGUUCAGGUUGCUUAGUUAUCUUUAAAAUACUAGAGCUUGUACGAGACAGAAAUGCGGGUUAUCUAGUGUUAUUCGUGUAUACAACACAUUAAACUCCAUAGGAAGAGGGCUGAUUCGUUGUCUUAUGUAAAGUCAUAUAAUAACUGUUAAGCAAUGGCUGGAACAGUAAGUCUAGAACUGGACCCCAUCUUUCUGAAGGGACUGGGGUACCUUCACUCCAAGAGCAAAGACUCAGCAGAGAAACUCAAGGCCCUGCUGGAUGAGUCUUUAGCCAGGGGCAGUGACUCCAUCUUUAGGACAUCACUGAAGGAAGCCGAAGUGAGCAAAGUGUCAUUACCAAAAAUGACCAAACAAGACUCCAAAUCCUCCUCCAGUUCAUCAUCAUCAUCAUCCAUCACCAGCAGCAGCAGCAGUAAAUCAAGUAGCUCAGAGAAGACCAAGAAAGAGGCAGAGAAAAGAUCUUUGGAAAAGAUUAGGGUUGAUCCUGGUGAAGGAGCGGAGCCACCUAAAAAGCCUCGUGUGGAAAAGCAGGACAGUCAUCCCUCUCCGAUUGCUUUUCAAACCAAGGACAUUCCCAUCCCAGAUUUCACAGACAUUGAUGAAACCAACGCUGAUGACUUUGCCAUGGAAAUGGGUCUUGCUUGUGUGGUUUGUCGGCAAAUGACUGUCACUUCUGGCAAUCAACUAGUGGAGUGUCAAGAAUGUCAUAAUCUGUAUCAUCAGGAGUGUCACAAACCUCAAGUUACUGACAAGGAUGUCAAUGACCCACGGCUAGUGUGGUACUGUGCUCGAUGCACCAGGCAAAUGAAACGAAUGGCCCAGAAGACUCAGAAACCUCCACAGAAACCAGCUCCUGCUUUGGCAACAGCUGUACCCAUGUUGAAAGAUCCACUAGUGAAGAAAGCUGAACUAAAGCCUAAACCUGAAACAACUGGUUCAUUCCAGGCCUUUAAGAGAACAGAGGUGAAGGCGUCUGCGGCAUCAGGAAACUCCUCUAGCAGUAGCUCAUCUUUGCCUCAAGGCCUUACAGGAUGGGCUGCCUUUACUAAGACCUCAAAUGUAGGACCUUCCAGUACCAAGUUGAGCACCAGUCAGCCAGGUAGCAGUAAAUCAACCCCACCUCCCUCAGGCUCUAAACCUGUGGGACUCUCUGCGCUGGCCAAUGUUAAGCCAGGUCUGGCUAAUAAACCUUCAGGAGGCAGCAAUGGUGGAAGUGGUAAUGGAAACAAUGGCUCCAGCACGGUACCUAUGAAACCACCCCCUCCACUUACACUUGGCAAGCAAGUGUUGAGCCGCUCAGCCAGUGGAGAUAGCUUGGGAAAAAUGACUGUGACUGGAUCUUUGUCACCUGGGGCGGCACCCUCUAGCAGCCUGGGAGGCAGCGGUGGGUCUGGAGGCAAUGGAGGGGGCAACGGGGGCAAUAGUGGUGGCAGUAGCAGCAGCAACAACAACAACAACAGCAAUGGAGCAAAAGCCUCAGCUGAUGGCAAGACACCCACUUCCCAGGAGUCUCAGCUCAAUGCUAUGAAACGCCUGCAGAUGGUGAAAAAGAAAGCAGCACAGAAGAAACUGAAGAAAUGAGUAGGAAGAAGACAGACUAUUAUGUUAAAGAGCAAGUUAAAUCCAGUUUUUCAAAUCAUAUACUUGAAUGUUACUGGUCUUUCUGAAGCGGUUUGGUUUAAAGAUGUGACUUAUUCUUUCUAAACCAGCCACAUUAUUGAAAUCAAGCUGCUCAUUUUAAUGUGUUCAAUAAAUAACACUUUUUUUUUUUCUUUUUUUUU